AUGCCGGUGGCGGAAGAAAACACUGCAGCUCUCCCUGACUACGUUCUGGACCCCGAUGCCGUUCUCAAGGAUGAUAUCUGCUGGCGGUAUGGACGGGCACCGGAUUACUCGAAAACACGAAAAGAAUACGAGGGAGGCAUGUAUCUAUCAUAUACCUCCUCUUAA